AUGUCUGGCUCAGGUAGAUUUAAUGUGACCCGAGUGUCAAAUCAGUCAUCACAAACAACUGGACGUUUCAAUGUUACCCGAUCGUCAACAGGACCCACUCCAACUACAGAUCAAUCAACACAAAGUAGGGAACAGGCAUCUGGCAGUGAACCACCAAUUUCAGAAAUAUAUCCAAAUUUGAAUGAUUUAUUGGACAAAUGGCAGCAAUGGUCGGAUGUUGGWGACCAAUAUAAGGUAUUAAUACCUAAAGAUCUACCGUUGYUGGUGGAUGAGGUGAGAAUAGCUGAAGAGAAUGGCAUUAAUUUUAUUGAAAUGAUAGGUUCCGGUGGUUUCGCCAGUAUAUGGAAAGUCAAAUGUAGUAGACUUUUGUCAAACAGACAAGGAAUGUCCAACUAUACAGAUAAAGAGAUCGCCUGUAAAAUAAUUUCAUUGCAGAGAUACGCCAGGAAUCGGACACCUUAUGAAGCGGUCAAUGAAAUGCUCAGAGAGUACACUAUUCACAAACAUUUAGUUCAUCCAAAUAUUGUCCGAUCGGAAGAAGUGUUUAACAUUAUCGAUAAGCGGACAGAGUUUCCAUUUGUCAGACAUUUGCAUUUUAUGGAAUUAUGCACCGGUAGUCUACAACAACUUAUGAAUGGGGGGACACUAAGCGAAACUGAUGCCAGGGUAUGGUUCAAACAAGUGUGUCAAGGGCUCAGGUAUUUACACAGCAAAGGUGUCGCACAUUUGGAUAUUAAAAUUGAGAAUAUUCUAUAUAUUGACAGUAAUGGUGAGCGAACUUACAAACUGUGCGAUUAUGGUUUGUCCCGAAUUGCACAACAGGUGUUUGGUUUUACCGGAACAAUCAGGUAUAUGGCACCGGAAUCGCGAACUCUUGUAUCGCAGACACCAAUUCAGACAUUUCCCAUUGACAUCUGGUGUUUGGGACUCGCCGUCUGUGAAUCGUUGGGUGGAAACCGGAAGCACAACGAAAUCAGAGACAUCAUCAACAGUAUUACCGAUCAAACUGUGGUAAACCAUAUGGUUGAAGAGGGCCGUCUCAGACUAACAACCUAUGAGUUUUGUCAGCUCAUACAAUGUAUGGUUGUCAUCAAUCCUAUAUACAGACCUACUAUUCAUCAAAUUAUAGCUCACCGAUGGCUUCAAUUAAAUUAA